AGUCUAUGUAAGCCCUGGUGGUAAGAUAUGAAACUAACAUUGACAUACUGACUGCAUAAAUAUCGGACGCAACACGUGAAUUAUACUUAAAUUGAAUAAUAGCACAAUGAAAAAAGUUUAUAUAAAUAAAAUAAUUUCUAUAAUAUAGUUAAUGAAAAUUCUCUAAGAGAUUUUUGACAAUUUUAUGAAAAAUCAUAAUUGUAUUUUGGGAGAAGUUAUAGUCAACCACAGGAACUGAUAAAAAUGCAAGCCAAUAUGAUUAUUCUAACUUGUUUACUUUUGUUACCAACGAUUUUUGGAGACAUUGAAAAAAAUGAAACAACAUUUGUUCCAACUCGAGAAUGGCAAACUGUGAAAAAAGGUACACCAAUACCUGGAGGAUUACAUGUACGACAUAAUUUUCAAACUGGAGUAACAGAAGCUAAAUUAAUGGAUUCUGAAGAUGUUGAAGAAAAAGAUUUAAGUGAAAAUUUGAAUAGUUCUAAUAUAAAUUCUCUAACAUUACAUCCUGAAAAAGCAAUUUUUGAAGAAAAAGAUCCUACGGAAAAAUCUAAUUUGUUUCAUCAUCCAAUUGAAGAAUUGAAAGCUAGAUUAAAAAAAAUUAAACAAGAUAGUGGAGAAAAUAUUCCAGAACUAGAUGAUGAACAUACACAACAGAUAAAAAAAAAGUUUAAAGAUUAUGAAACUUUGAAAAAAGAAUUUAAAGCACUUGAAAUAAAUAUUACAACUGAUUCAGAAUUGUUAAACAAUUAUUUUCAAAAGUUUCAUGUUCAUAAAAAUGCAAUUACCAUGGGAACUUUAACAACUGCAGAAACAGAAGAAGUUUUGGAUAUUUUAUAUAAUCUAGAAUAUCUACUUCAUCAAAUUGAUAAUGCCAAAGUUUUUGCUGAUAUGCAAGGCAUGAAUAAAAUUAUAUCUCCAUGUCUCAAUGGAACAAACAAUGAAAUAAAGGCUGAAGCUUUAAGACUUUUGGGUGCAGCUGUUCAAUCUAAUCCUAAAGUACAAUUAAAAGCUCUAGAAAAUGAUUUUGUUCAAAAACUUUUACAUAUAUUAUCUACAAAUAAUAAAAUGGAAAUAAAAUCAAGAUGUCUCUUUGCUUUGAGUGCUUUAAUAAGACAGUUUCCAGCAGCACAAAAAGUGUGGAUUGAUCAUGGAGGAGUAGAAAUAUUUGGAAAAAUUUUAAUUGAUGAUCAGUUGCAAGUACAAAUAAAAGUUAUGAGAUUGAUUAACGAUUUAAUUAUAGAGAGACAGAACUUAAAUGAAAUUACCGAUGCUAAUCAACAAUUAAAAAUAAAAGCAUAUGCAACUGCAGAUAUUGAAAAAAAAUUAUUAACAUAUGAAUAUUGUAAUCAUUUGAGCAAUUUAAUGAUAGAAAGUUUUAAAGGUGAACAUAAUGAUCAAUUGAGGACUGAUAAUUAUGAAUUUCUUGAAACUAUUUCUGAUAGCAUGAUUACAAUUGCUCCUAUUUGUAUUGAUCGGUUUAGAGAAAAUAAAGAUGAAUUGCUUCCUAUUAUUCGGCAUUUAUUGAAUUUCUAUCAGAACUUGAAUUUAUUAAUGGAUAAACUUCAAACAACUGGAAAUUCGCGUGAUGAAUUAUGAACAAAAAAAAAAAAAUGAAAUUAAAUGUGUGUAAAGACAGUAUGAUUAUUUAUUUUGCGUCGUGAAGUUAUAAUUGUACAAAGUUUUGUGUGUAAUGAAAUUCUUUUGGCAUAGAUACUUUUGAAUAUCAAUGGAUAUUCUACAAAAAUCGUUACUAAAUAUAAAUUUGGUAACAUAGUUUUAAGUUGAAUACAAAUAUAAUGUAUUAUAAGAUGAAUGUAUGUAUAUAGUCAAAUUUGGAAUUUUUCUUGUACAUAUAGUACUAAGAUAUUUGAGUUCUUUACUUAAUAAAUUGAGAAUGUUAUAUUUAUUGUGUUUAGAAAAGAUUAUUUAAUAAAUUAUUUUAUAUCAUAUAUCUUUAUAUUGUAUAGAAAAAAAAUGAUUCCAAGAUCUGUGUAUAUUAAAUUAUUAUAUUAUAUAGAAUAAAAUACUUUAUUUACAAAUAAUAAUGAUUACAUAUGAACGAUUUCCUCUCGUGUAGUCAUAGUUUAUAGAAAAUAUACUUGCCGAAUCGUUUAAACUAGUUGCCGGUUGAACUAGUUUCAUACGUUCCGAAUUUCUAUUUACACGUGCUUAAAAAAGACACUAUCAAGUGUUUUGUUGUGAAAGAAUAAUCCUUUAAGUACAAGGAUUGCGUUUAUUUUGCUCGAUAUAUAAAAUCCUUAAAUAAUAUAUAAACUUACGGAGAAUAAGAUGGAAUCUCCUUAGAUUCAAUAUCUGAUCUAAUUCGCGAAUUCCUCUAAAAUACUUGCCUUUAAUUUCUCAAAUUUUAUUAAAUACAGUGACGCUAUAUCUACAUACCAAUUUUACAGAUUUUACAUAAUAUUUGUUGCAUAUUGUUUCUGUUGUGAUUUGAUAUACAAACUUUUAUAUAUAUAUAUAUCUUUAAGAAUAUGUUUUUUGUUGCUUUUAUAAUAAGAUGAUAGAGAAUGCAAUAUAUUAUUUACAAUACAUUGUAGGAACAUAAAAUAUACAUUUGUUAGAAUGCACGUAUCGUACUAACCGAUACAUGUAUCCGAAAAUACAUUUAUCUUUCUGUGCGUAAUUUACAAAAUUUUUUUGGAAUUUCAAAAUUUUUUUUAACAGUAAACAAGGAAGCAUAAACAUUAUGUACAUGAUGAUCUGUUUUACAACAUGAAAGUCAAUACUGGUUUUACAGUAACGCCUAAAUAACAAAGUUUAAGUGCAAAGUAAGUUGAUAUAGAAACGGAAUGACGUUUUAUAUAACAUGUUUUCGAUAGUUUACG